CUGCAGCAGGAGGAAUCAUCACCAUAUUGUAUAUUGCCUGUUCUUUGCCAAGUUAACUUUUCAAUGGAAGAUUUUCAAGUUUAUAUUGUUUACUUCUUCAUUUGGCUCAUCUCAACCAUUAUUCUACGAGCCAUAUUCAAAAGUCGAACCACCUCUAGCCUUCCACCAAGCCCUCUUAGAAUUCCCAUCAUUGGUCAUCUUCACCUUCUUGCUCCAAUACCACAUCAGGCUCUUCACAAGCUCUCGACACGUUAUGGACCUUUAAUCCAUAUUUAUCUUGGCUCUAAUCCUUGUAUUGUUGCCUCAUCGCCUGAAAUGGCCAAAGAGUUUCUCAAAACACAUGAGGCGUCUUGGUCAGACCGGCCUCAAACUGAGGCAACAGAUUACCUAACCUAUGGUUCACAAGAUUUUUCAUUUGCUCCGUAUGGACCAUACUGGAAGUUUGUAAAGAAACUUUGCAUGUCUGAGCUUCUUGGUGGUCGAACUCUUGAUCUUCUUCAGCCUGUUAGACGCCACGAGAUUGAGAGUAUGGUGAAUGUACUGUUGAAAAAGGCCAAAGCUGGAAAGGCUGUUGAUAUUGGAGCUGAGCUUAUGAGGCUCACAAACAAUGUUAUUUCAAGAAUGCUAAUGAGGGAGAGGUGCUCAGAGAAUGAGGAUGAAGCUGGAGACGUUAAGAACUUAAUCAAAGAGGUCGCUGAAAUUACAGGGAAGUUUAAUGCCUCUGAUUAUAUAUGGUUUUGCAAGAAUUUGGAUUUACAGGGAAUCAGGAAAAGGCUUGUGGAUAUACGCGGGAGGUUUGACAAAAUGAUGGAACGGAUUAUAGAGGAGCACAGAGACGUGAGGAGGAAGAGAAAAGAAAAUAGCGAUGCAGGACCUGAAGAAAAAGAUUUGCUUGAUAUCUUACUUGAUAUAUCAGAAGAUGAGAGCCUUGAGAUAAAAUUGAGCAGAGAGAACAUCAAGGCUUUCAUACUGGAUAUAUUUGCAGCUGGAACAGAAACUUCUGCCAUCACAACAGAAUGGGCACUAGCAGAGCUAAUAAACCAUCCAAACAUCAUGAAAAAAGCUAGACAAGAAAUCGACACUGUUGUUGGAAAGAACAGACUAGUUGAAGAAUCUGACAUCGCGAACCUCCCUUAUCUUCAAGCAAUUCUAAAAGAAACACUGAGACUUCACCCUACCGGUCCACUCAUAGUAAGAGAAGCAAGUAAAGACUGUACCAUUGCAAACUACCACAUACCCGCCAAGACUAGACUAUUUGUCAACGUUUGGGCUCUAGGCCGUGACUCAAACUACUGGAAUAAUGCACUAGAAUUCAAACCCGAAAGGUUUGACAUGAGUAUUGAAGAUAUAAAGAAUGGUAAGAGCCAAUUGGAUGUUAGAGGCCAGCAUUUUCAUCUGCUGCCUUUUGGAAGCGGACGAAGAGGGUGUCCCGGGACUUCACUGGCAUUGCAGGUUGUCCAAACAACUCUUGCUGUAUUGAUACAAUGUUUUGAAUGGGAAGUAGAAAAUGCAGGACAGAAUGAUGAGAAUACUGUGAGCAUGGAAGAAGGCCUGGGUUUGACACUUCCCAGGGCUCAUCCUUUGGUUUGUGUUCCAGUUGCUAGGCUUGAUCCAUUUCCAUGCAUGUAGGGUCUGAUUCAAUAUCAUUGUACCUCUCUUUAUGCCUAUACAGCAUGCCUGCAUUAUUUUCUAAAUCGAUUUUUAUCA